ACCCUGAGCUCAGUCCAGCACAUGGAGCAGCAGUGAUCACACACGCACACCAUAUGGCUCUUCACAUUUUAUCACUUCUCGUGUAGUUGUUGUUGUGUGGUCACUGUGUAACUUAUCCAGGGACCGAGCAGCAGCAUGCAGCACAUGUCCUCUCCGGUCAGGUUCCGCAACCAUAAGAAAGCUGCAACCUUAUCAGAGUUUUCCAGUCUGUCCAUUGAUGAUCAGGAGGACACUCAGUUUCCCUUCGCCAUGAGGGACCUGCCUGCUGUCUCUCAGCCUGGCGAUCAGCACCAGGAACCAGGUCACCAGAUGUCAGUGAACCACGGGGCAGAGGGACCCCGUGCCACAACCAACGGGAGACGCCCCAGCCUUCCCGGGACCCCCCCUCCUGCCCGUCCCAUCCCCUGCCUCCCUACCACCGAUUCUCCAACAGCCCCUCAGAGACCACACCGUGCAGGAGUGGACUCAGGGUUUCAGCCUCUGCCGCUGAGGAAGCAGCUCAUCUCUCAGACGUCUCUGGACUCUACGGGCAGCUCGGUCUCCCGUCCACACAGUCCGUGGGGACGCUUUGACCCCUAUGACUCUCCAGAGGAUCAGGACAAGGAGUAUGUGGGAUUUGCCACGUUGCCCAACCAGGUUCACAGAAAAACAGUGAAGAAAGGUUUCACGUUUACACUCAUGGUGGCAGGUGAGUCUGGCCUCGGGAAAUCCACACUAAUCAACAGUUUGUUCCUCACUGACCUCUACAAAGACAGGAAGGUUCCUAAUGCUGAAGAACGAAUCAGUCAAACAGUCGACAUCAUCAAACACACCGUCAGCAUCGAGGAGAAAGGAAUCAAACUGAGGCUCACCAUCAUAGACACGCCCGGGUUCGGAGACGCCGUCAACAACUCAGAAAGCUGGAAGCAUAUAGAGGACUACAUCGACGAGCAGUUUGAAAAGUACUUCCGAGAUGAGAGCGGCUUGAACAGAAGAAACAUCCAGGACAACAGAGUUCACUGCUGCCUCUACUUCAUCUCUCCCUUCGGCCACGGCCUUCGACCUCUGGACGUUGAGUGCAUGAAGGCCAUCCACGAAAAAGUCAACAUAGUUCCAAUAUUGGCCAAAGCCGACAGUCUGACACAGGCAGAGGUCUGCAGGAAGAAGAUGAAGAUCCAAGAGGAGAUGAAACAGUUUGGCAUCAACAUCUACCAGUUUCCAGAGUGUGAUUCAGACGAGGACGAAGACUUUAAGACGCACGACCAGAUCCUCAAGGACAGCAUCCCGUUUGCAGUGAUCGGGGGUAACGUUCAAGUGGAGAGUAAAGGUCGCAGAUUCAGAGGUCGUCUGUAUCCCUGGGGGGUGGUCGAAGUGGAGAACCCGGCUCACUCUGACUUCCUGUUGCUGAGGAACAUGCUGGUGAGGACGCACAUGCAGGACCUGAAGGAUGUGACGCGGGAGACGCACUACGAGAACUACCGAGCGCAGUGCAUCCAGAACAUGACCCGCAUGGUGGUGCAGGAGAGGAAACGCAGUUUGCGUGAGAAGUUUCAAGAAGGCAGCGAGGACAACUUCCCUCUGCCGCUCGCCGCCGUUGACAGUGAGAAGGAAAGACUCAUCUUUGAGAAAGACGAAGAGCUGAGGAGGAUGCAGGAGGUGCUGGAGAGGAUUCAGGAGCAGAUGCAGCACAGUCACAGAGGCGACUGCUGAUCCUCCCACGAUUCCCUGGGAGAGGAGACGGACCAGCAGCGAACAGGAAGACAGAGACAGCCCCCGUUUAUUGAAUAUGAUGUCAGAACAGGAAACGAGCCACAUGAUAUCCAGAGCCCUGUCUGAUUAUUGUUCUCCAGGACAAUGCAUGAAUAGUGAGGUUUUCCCCAGUGUACGUGCACCAGACUUCUAAGUGAUUAUCAUAAACCUGCUUUUUAAAAUGAAACUAAAAUCUCGUAAAAAAAAAACUCUUCAAAUUAAAAGUGACUUCUGCAAAAUCUUUAAUACGUUUUAGUGUUCAAAUGACAGAUUCAUAAUUUUACAUGAAAGAAUGUGAAAUAGCUUCAGUUGUCUGUUAAUUGACCGAUUUCCUUUUACUUUUAUUUAGCUUUAUAUUUUAUUAUGUAUAAAUAGAGGCUUUUAAAUUAUGAUCAUAAUGACUUGUCGAUAAGCUGCGUGUUCUCAACCCAACACUUUCAUUAUAUCGUCAACAAAACAAGACAAUUGUAUCUAAAGAUUUCUUUGUGCAUCAAAUUCAACUUGAAACUUCUUGACCAAGAUGAAUCUAAAUAUCAAUAAGCUGCACUUAAGGUUUGUUGCUUUGACAACAACUCCAGAUAAAUAGAAGAAGCUUGAGCUUUGAAAAAGACUCACGUCAACAAACGUAAUCGACAAUGAGCAUCAAAGAGGAGCCCGAUGUGAAAACUCUGAACAAGGACACAACGACAAAACAGACACAUGAGCUCUGUUAGAUUUCUUCUUUGUGCAGCCAGGAGAAGCAUGAGGAGCAGCCACAGGCUCAGUGUGGUGUUCAAGAGCACUUCAGCAGGUCACAGGUGGAUUUAUCUAAUCUGUAAGUUUCACUAUGAGUCAACAGUUUCGUUCUGUUGUCUCCAAGAAGGUUUCGUUUUCACCCUUGUCCAUUUGUUUGUUGGUUGGUUUGUUUGUAAGCAAGAUUACCGAACAAACUACAGGACGGAUUAUCACGAAGGUUUGAGGAUGUGAAAUGGAUCAGGUAAGAACCCAUCAAAUUUCGGCGUAGACCCGGAUCAGGGGGCAAAUCCAGGAAUUUUCUUUCUUUAUCAUAGCAAGAGGCGUUUUUCAACAUUUUCACCAAUGUCCAAGGAAUUGAUUCAUGGAAAUAUGAUGAAAAUAAUCAGCCAUAUGUUUGGAGUGUGUGAAAUUUGGUGCAGCUUGAUAGAACUUAAGGAAACUGUUGAGCCUUGGCAGCCAUUCUGGUUUUAUUAAUGUAAUAGCACAGCUCAUCAAUUAGUAUCUUUGAUAAUUGUGUAGCGCUGCCAUCUAGUGGUCAUUGUGGUGAUAUUGGGUUUGUAACAUGUAAACUGCAUUUUCAAGGUUUUUGUAACUUGUGUUUUUUUUUUUAUCUUUCAAUUUUUGUGUUGCAAGGAAGUUUUGUCUGUAUAUAUUUUUUCACGCGACCAUUAAAACACAGGAGCAAGAUGUGUUGUAAAUGUAA